GUUAAGGGAGGCUUCCACUGUGGACUUUCCAGUUUCUCUUUCAUCAGGUUGAAAGUGUUUACCAUUCCCAUAUAUAGCAUGCGCUUUUCAAAUCUGCAUCCACAUUGGGAAUAUUCCUCUUCAUUCUCAGUUAUCAAAAAGUUUUGUAUCUGAUAUUGACUUAGAAUUCAGAAAAUGCUCAAUUUCACUGAUGUGACAGAGUUCAUUCUUUUGGGGCUAACCAGCCAUCGAGAAUGGCAAGUUGUCUUCUUCAUCAUCUUUCUUGUGGUCUACGUUAUCACCAUGGUGGGCAAUAUCGGCAUGAUGGUGUUAAUCAAGGUCAGUCCUCAGCUUAACAGCCCCAUGUACUUUCUCCUCAGUCACUUGUCAUUUGUUGACGUGUGGUUUUCUUCCAAUGUCACCCCCCAAAUGUUGGAAAACUUGUUAUCAGAUAAAAAAAUAAUUUCUUAUGCUGGCUGUUUAGUACAGUGCUUCUUCUUCAUUGCUCUUGUGCAUGUGGAAAUUUUUAUUCUUGCUGCGAUGGCCUUUGAUAGAUACACGGCGAUUGGAAAUCCUUUGCUUUAUGGCAGCAAAAUGUCAAAGGUUGUCUGUAUUCGACUGAUUACUUUUCCUUACAUUUAUGGUUUUCUGACGAGUCUGGCAGCAACGUUAUGGACUUAUGGCUUGUACUUCUGUGGAAAAAUUGAGAUCAACCAUUUCUACUGUGCAGAUCCACCUCUCAUCAAAAUGGCCUGUGCCGGGACCUUUGUAAAAGAAUAUACAACGAUCAUACUUGCCGGCAUCAACUUCACAUGUUCCCUGACUGUAAUUAUCAUCUCUUACUUAUUCAUCCUCGUUGCCAUUGUGCGAAUGCGCUUAUCAGAAGGAAGGCAGAAGGCCUUUUCCACAUGUGGGUCCCAUCUGACAGCUGUCAUCAUAUUCUAUGGUACUCUGAUCUUCAUGUAUCUCAGACGUCCCACAGAGGAGUGUGUGGAGCAGGGGAAGAUGGUGGCUGUGUUCUAUACCACAGUGAUCCGCAUGUUGAAUCCCAUGAUCUACAGUCUGAGGAACAGGGAUGUGAAAAAGGCCAUGAUGAAAGUGAUCAGCAGAUCAUGUUAAACAAAGUAAAAUCAAAUUUGAAUUAAUUUUGUCUUCUAUUAUUUGAUUGGAGAAAGGUUAUUGCCCAGUACUUAGGAACAUUAAGAUAAAGAUAUUCUGUGGGUUGAAAAGAAUAAUAAAAGUGGUACAAAUUGAGAAAAUAUAAGGUGGAAUGACUCAUUUCUGUUGAUGUGAGUAUGGAGAUUAAUUACAUAUGAAUAAAUUAAUUGAAACAGUGAUGCGUGCCAAAGUUCAUAGGUGUACUAAGGGAAAUUGCUCAAAUAGCUGCAACCAAAAGACUUUUUCUUAUUGAAAAGUGCA